CAUUUGGACUAAAACCCAGGAUAAUGCCUAUCAAAACAAGGUGUUAUGACAGAAGGAGUGCUCUGACCUGUGAGUUUUGUCCUGCAAUCCAAUGACUGUAAAAAUACAAUAAAACCAUUAAUGACGCAAGUGGAGGUGAAGAUUUGUCGACGUGCCAAUGGAGAUUACGACUCUCAUUGGACAAAGAGUUUCAUUGUUACUCAUUUGAUCGAAUUUCACUGGAAUACACCUGUAAUCUGGAAGAUCUCCAAAGAAGAGGCAUGCAGAUGGGAAAGAUAAGCACCUAAAUAUUAUGAAUCCUGAUUAAAGAACCAUCCAUCAUACCAUUGGCUUACAUGAGCUUGUUUAUCAGUCGGUAUCUUUAUAGACGUGUCCAGGUAGGUUAAAAUGGCUUUGUGGGGUUUAAAAGCAGGUGUGCGUUAGUCGUCCCUCCCUCAUCCUCUCUUGAGUGAGAUUGGGAGAUGAGAAAGCCAUCUCAUUUGCUGAUCAGAUCACAGACAGAUUAUCAAGCCUAAAUGAGAGUUCUGGAGUUCGAAGGUGUUGGAACAACACGGUCUUACCAUCCAGGACUUGUUGUUUGAGUGAAUACAGUGGUGGGAAGACAUGCAAGAAGUCAACAACACUUGAUUCUAAACUAUCACCUUCAUGUUGGCAGAUUAAAGCUUAUUGUUACGCAAUUCGUUAGCGUUUAUAUCACGACUGUAACUUUAACCGGAAGAUAGUGUUCAGUGCUUGAGCUCACCCUGAAAUGGGAUCAUCCCGAAUCGCUUUUAAAGGAUACUCUGGCUAAAUGUGUGUGUGGAGACGUCUCUAGUAGUCAAGCCAGCAUGUAUGUACUGUGCACCUUGGUGCUGCUGUCUCUUCACAACCUGUUUAGGAGACCCCGAGUCCUGGAUCCCGUUGAGCCAAAAGCUAUCGAAAGCCCCGAGCAACACAAACCAGAUGUAGGCAAACAGGGACGCAGGAAGAGAAACAAGCACCACUUUCCUGGAAGUUCUGGACCACUAGAGACUUCAAGAGUUCAUAGACAGCAAGACUUUGAAAGAUGCCUGGACGGAUCCAGCAGAGCGAGUAAAAGAAGAUCUGUUCACCAGGAUAAUGUGCUGGAGAGGAGGAAGAUAGCACAGCCCGUCCAGCGGUGUGGUCUGCUCGGCCCUGCGGUCAUGUACGGCACACGAAAGACCUGGGACGUCGGCCACACCCCCUGCCUGCAGGAGCUCUGGAACAAAGACAUCUCAUUGGACGCGAGUUCUCUGGAUAUCCUGAUGAGUGAUGGUGAAGAAGAAAACUCCUUCCUCUCAUUGCCCAACUCUGUGCUUCAGCGCCACUGUUUGACCUCUGACCUCUCAGAAACGGGCACCUCAGAACAGCAGCAGCAGCUGCUGAUACAGACGCUGCAGGAGAGUUGUGAGUUUCAGGCACGUUUGCGCAGUGAAGACGCAGCUAAAAGACUUCUGCUUCAGCGACUGCAGACUCACGAUCACCAGCUCAACCAAGACAACCAUCAGAACCAAGAGUAUUCACCACAUUACCAAGAAAAUCAAGAGCAGCUCAGACUGCAGGCCGGCCAGCUCAACCAGGCUGCGUCUCCUACAGGUGUGAGGAGCUCUACUGCUUUAACCCAGAGGCUUGUGGAUUUUCCUAAAAGUAAAGUUCACUCACCGGAGCGACUGCAGAAAGUGGAGGGGGAACAGCUCGCUGUCAUUACAGGACUGCGCACACAGGUCAAAGAGCUGGAGGAGAAACUAGUGGAUCAGACACAGGAGGUGGAAAGACUGCGCUCUGAGCUGGGGGCGACAGAUCUGGAGAAACAGCUGGAGGUGCUGGAGAGUGAGAACCAGCGGCUCAAACAGGAGCUGAAGACCAGUCACACACAGACCAGCUGCUCUGCUGCCCGCUGCCCUCACAGCCAGGAUGUGGAGGCCCUGCGUGGAGAGCUGUGCCGUAAAGAUGAGCAGUGGCGUGAGCGCGAGCGGCGUCUGGCUGCGCUCGAGCUGCAGCUGCAGGACAGGAGUGCAGUGGUAGAGGAGCUUCAGCAGCAGCUAGAGGAAGCGGCACAGCGCAGACAUGAGCUCCAGGAGCAGCUUGAGGAAGCAUCAGGACACCAAAGCCUGAGCGACGAGCAGCUGAACACACGGCUCUGUGAGGACGAGGACACUCUGACUCGACACACUGCAGUGCCGCAGGUCAAGUAUGUGACGAAGACCGUUGAAGUGGAGUCGGCUCAGUGUAAGCAAGCUCUGAUGGAGGCUCAGGCUCGUAACACUGCCCUGCAGGAGCAGCUGAGUGUGCAGAGACAGCUGCUGCGAGAGCUGGAACAGCAGCUCCACGACUCCCAGAGAACCAGCAGUCAGCUCCGACAGCAGCUGAGGACUGAUCGAGCUCGUCUGUAUGGUCUGCUCUCCAAGGCAGUGGGUGGGGGAAACACAGAGGUCACUCUCAGGCUCUCAAAGAUCCUGAUGUAUGAGGGUGAGAUGGAGAGGGCUCAGGGGCAGCUGGAGGCAGAGAUGCAGAGUAUGGGAGGAGGAGAGAACCGCGUGAUCGAGGAGGCUUUCAUCAGAGCUGAGAGUGAGAUGAAGGCCGUUCAUGAAAACCUAGCAGUGUUGCGGAUGAACCUCCUACCCUCCAGCCGGGCCCUGAGGACCCUCACCUGUGACUAAACUGUCUGAAGAGACAAGGUGCAGGACUUCCCGUACAUGCUAGAGAAGGCCAUCGCUGAGGCCAAGCAGGAGAUCUGCCAGGUGAUGGGAGAGGUCAGCAGUGCGAACCAAGAGCUGCUGCAAUACAAGCGGGAGAUGAACCUUCGUAAGAAAUGCCACAAUGAACUGGUGCGCCUCAAAGGAAACAUUCGUGUGUUGUGUCGAGUACGUCCAGUGUGUGCUGGAGAAGCCGAUGCUGCUGACACCAAAAACCUUGUGACCUUUGACCCGGAGGAUGGCGUUCUCUACCUGUCCAACAAGGGCAAAACUCAUGACCUUGAACUCGACAAAGUCUUCACCACUCAGGCCACUCAGGACGAGGUGUUCCAGGAAGUGCAGUCUCUGGUUACUUCCUGUAUUGAUGGCUUUAAUGUAUGCAUCUUUGCUUAUGGGCAAACGGGCUCUGGAAAGACCUACACUAUGGAGGGCAUCCCUGAGGAUCCGGGCAUUAACCAGCGUGCUCUGCGGCUGCUCUUUUCUGAAGUGUCUGAGAAGAAGCCAGACUGGGACUAUAAGAUCACCGUCAGCAUGGUGGAAAUCUACAAUGAAACACUCCGGAACCUGCUGGGUGACAAUCCUAAUGAGAAGCUGGAUAUAAAGAUGUGUCCAGACGGCAGUGGACAGCUGUAUGUGCCAGGACUCUCCGAGUUCACCGUCGAGAGCGUGGAGGACAUUAAUAAGGUGUUUGACCUGGGUCACAUGAACAGGGCAACAGCGUGCACUAAUCUGAACGAGCACAGCUCUCGCUCUCAUGCCCUCCUCAUCAUCACAGUGGCGGGAUUCAACUCUUCAACAGGCCACCGCACAUCAGGUAAGCUGAAUCUGGUGGAUCUGGCUGGUUCUGAGCGCAUUGCCAAAUCCGGUGCUGAGGGCAGUCGUCUGCGUGAAGCUCAGUGCAUCAACAAAUCUCUGUCGGCGCUGGGAGACGUCAUCAACUCUCUGCGCUCCAAACACUCACACGUGCCCUUCAGGAACUCACGCCUCACGUACCUGCUGCAGGACUCGCUCAGCGGAGACAGCAAAACACUCAUGAUGGUGCAGGUGUCUCCUCUAGAGGGUAACAUCAGUGAGUCUGUGUGCUCUCUGAAGUUUGCUCAGCGUGUUCGUACUGUUGAAAUUGGACCCUCGUCUUCCUCACGCCGACAAGCAGAAAACUCCUCCACCUCCUCCUCACCAACGCAUGAUAGCGUAGAGCUGGACUCUCCUCCUGUGACUCCUGUUCCUCUGCCCAUCUCUCGGGCCAGCAGUGCAGGAUCAACCCUGUCCUCCACCUCCAAAACCCCCACCACCCGCCGCCGCUCACACAGCCAGCUGUCCACAGAUAGACAGGUAGACAGAGGCAGCCCAUUGGUUGGGGACGGUGGGCAGGACGAAUGAAGUUGACGGCAUGAGGAUAAACUGAAGCCAACAUUCCAGACCUCUCCACCAAUCAGCUCCUUUCCCCAGUCGACCAAUCAAAGACCUGCAUUGCUGGUAAGGGGAGGAGCUUAAACGGCCAAUCAGGGUUGAGAAGGACGACUGAAGUAAGGUUUUGAUUUGAACAUGAUCCAAUGCAAGCUCCGCAACAGCUGCUGCUUCAGGACGGACAGCCCAGUGUUUCUGGCCAACCAUGCACUUUAGGCUAGGCUGUGGUUUGUAAUGUUAUGUAAAUGCCAUUCGAUUACUAGAAGCUUGAAUGUACGUGUUUGUAUAUAUUUGUGUGUCUGAGCGAGAUUUUAACUUUUAAUUUGUCUUUUUUCAUGCAAGAACAAGUCAAAGUUUCACACCCGAUAAGCUUGGAAUGAGUCAGUGUUUAAUAGAGGCAAUAAGAUUACCAUGCAAACGUCUCUCAGUAGCAUUUGAGUGUUUUUGUAAAUAGAAACUUGAAGGCCGUUGAAAGCCCGAGCGUCUUCCUGACCCGCGCAUGUGUUCAGUCUUCAUUCUCAGACAAUCAUUAUCAGUUUUGUUGUGCAGUGCAGUCCGAGCAGUGUUUUUGGAAGAGGACGAGGAGUAGAGUUGAUGAUGUAUUUGACAUCACUCCGUCUCUGGACUCUUGCUUGCUUGUGUUCACAUUGUAUGCAGGUUUGUUUUUGUACACUGUUUUUAAUAAAUGCUCUAAACCAACCUUUUAGGGGGGGACAAAAAAUAUGAUCUUGUAUGUUUUUGCGCUUUUAAAAAAUGCUGGGUUCCACACAACUCAUUCAUGUUGCCCCAA